AGUUAAUAAGAGUUGUCUUUAAUGAAUCUAAUGCCCACGGUUACCACUCAACUCUCUUGUUUUCAUUUCCCCCCCAACAAAGUCAACUCUGUGUGUCUACUUGACGAAAUCUUAUCCACAUCCUACCCCUUUUUACAUUCUUACCAAAAUCAUAGAUGAUUUGAAGCUUCAAUGUCGGAAUACUACAGCCAAGAGAGGGUGGAUAUGGUGGCGAUAUUGGCUACAUCACAGCGAAUCGAGUUUGAAAGAUGCCUUGCGGAAAUCAAAGGACGCAAUGGAGGUAACAGAUCCGACACGAUGGGAGUGCUCCAGCGUCUAGCUAGCGAAGCCGAAGUCGCCAGCAGCAUUCUGUUAAGUCUUCAGGCAGAGAAUAUCGAGGGCUCAUAUGUCACCAUACAUCGUAUGCUGGCACAGCAGACUCUGCUGAUCAAGACGCAGCUUCUGGAGGUUGCGGGAGAGAUGGGGAAACCGUUCCUACCGACGCCAAUGUCUAAUCCACGGUUGGCGCAACAAUCAAUGAUCCAGCAGCAACAGCAACAGCCACAGCAGGAGGAGGAGGCGGAUUGGGAACACCAAAAACCGCCGUCCCCUUUACCAAGACCUCCUAGGCAGCCGAAAGUAACACUACACUUCGAUCAGUUCCCAAUUUUUAGACGGCUUUCUAAUACUACGCCGACGCUCGACGCGAUGGACCGGUCCGAACCCCCUGAGAAGCAAAAGUCCCCGAUCCGUGAGAUCAAGGGGUUCCCUCCUCGGAACAUCAGAAAACGGCGUCAAACUAACAAUUCCUCGCCCUCACAUCUUCUUCAAGUGCCAGCAGAAAGUGGGAAAAAAGACAAUGAGCCAACUGGGCCAAGGAGGGCGAAUCAAGGAGGGAGCGUCCGUCGUCGUGAUCAGGCCAGUGUAAGUCCUUCUCCCCCGAGAAAAGCCACGCUGUGGCCCAUCGCGAGUAACAAAUUCUCGCUUCCAGCGCUGGUGAAUAUCUCUUUAGACGUGAACGAAGAGCGAGAUCCCCUGAGAGGUCGGAAGCCGGGGGAUGUGAGGGAAGCGUGGAUAAAUGAUCUCGAUUCUAGGACGGACAGUAAGGACGAGGGCGAGGCAAAGAUGGAGGUGGAGAUGGGAGAUGGACGUAAGACAGGGGACCAAGGGGAAGGGGGGGAGACUCGCGGCAGGAAGAGGUCCGCAGACAAGGACUUAUACCCAUCGACUGUCAAAAAACCUCGCUCUGAGCCUCGGGGCGGGAAGAACGGUGGUAGUCCAGGGCGUAUCAAAAGCAGAGAUGCCGAACCGACCGCCGCUGUACCCAGCAUACCAGACUCGCCGAAGCCAGUAGGGUGCUGCAUCUUCGCGGAAGCUCUCAACCCAAGAUACCUAUUCGGCACCGAAAAAGAGGAUCAGAGGGCCCUGCACUACCGCGACGCCAUCGAGGACCUCAUCCAACUCGUCGGAGACACACCGCACGCAAUCACAUCCGACGACCCACUCAUGCGCGAGUACCAUACAAGACAAUUCAAAGACAUACAGACCGUCCUCCGUAGAAUCCCAUCCAAGGCCAUAUCGAAAAAGAUGAUCGACGAAAAGCUCUUGGCGAUCCGACAAGAGGAGACGGCGAUUCAGAAGGGGCAAAUCCCACAUCUUAGGGGAAUAAAGGCGAAGGAGGCCAGGGCGAAGCGUAGACAGCAGCUAAUGCAGGAGAAAGAGGUUCUGCACCGUCGACUGCGGGCCUGCAAUGAGCUGAAUGACAAGAUUUUUGCGUUUGGAGCGGAGGGGGCGGCGAUAUUUGCGGAUUGGAUCGUGGAGAUGAAGUUGCGCGUCGACGGGGAGCUCGAGUUUGCGGAGAGGGCGCUGAUGAUGCCGUAUUCUGGCGGGGUUCAGGAAGAUGGCCGCGAGUUCUGUUGUGUUUGAAGAAGAAGAGUGAAAAGUUGAGUUUGUGGCCUAUAAAGGGCUCGAGAAGAGGAGGAAGGUGUAUAUACCAGUGACGGUGUGCGUCAGGAAAGUUAGCUGAGGUAGAUAUUACAGAAGCGUUUGUUUUGGCCUGUGGAAGGAACAUCAAGAGACAAUGCAUUACUCGCGCCAACUCCUCUUAACUCCAUUGAUCAUCCACCGACCUUUAUACAUACACGAUCAGGGG